AUGGGCAACAAAAAGCUGAAGAAUGUAUGUUGGUCGGCGGCAGAAUCGGCUGCGCAGAUCCUCACUAGAAUUCGUGAUGACGUCGCUAAUGUGCACGAUGUCAAGCUGGAUCAAGUCAUUGACGAAAAGAGUUUCCAGCUGUACCUACAAGGUUACCCCACAAUCGAGUCCGUCGACAACGGUUUAAAGCUCCUCGAAGAAUUGGACGCAAGCUCGUGGCGUCCUCCAUCGUCUGAAC